UGUGUUUUAGUUUGGAUACAAUAAUAAAGAUUCUUAAUUAUGCUGACCGUCAGGCUGUGUAGAGUGGAAUGGCAACAACAUGACGACCUGGACGGUAGCUUUCCUUUUUUAGUGGAAAUUCACCCCCUCAGCACACCGUUUCAUAACAUGGGACAGAAUGUUGCAAGGCAGAGGCAAAGUCCCACCACCAGUCCCCAGGAAGAAACCCAAGUUGGAGGGUGUGGACUCCAAGUCAAAGGAGCACAAUGAUUCUGCUUCAAACUCAGUGUAUCAUGUGCCAGAAGAGCAGCUACUGGCUUGUGAAGACCUCCUCAGACUCCCUAUCUUAUAUGAUGACAUUGUUCUGCAGUGUGUGCACACCAGGUUCGAGAAAGGUCUCUUUUAUACUUGGGCUGGCCCUACCCUUGUUGCUGUCAACCCAUGCCACCAUGUGGACCUCCUCUACACACCUCAUCAAAUAAAACAUCACCACCAACAAGUUGAGAGUGGAGUUGAGGGCAGGUCACCACACGUGUACAGUGUGGCUGGUGUGGCUCACCACCGCCUGCAGCAUGACAUUGGGCUCCUCAAUCAGGCUAUUCUGGUAUCUGGGGAAAGUGGUUCAGGAAAGACUGAAUCAGCACGGUACAUGCUUGGAUACUUGAUUCACGUAGAGAAACAUUUUCCCCAAGUGAAAAAAGUACUAUCAGUAAGUGUAAUGAGAGACAAGCAACCCGAGGAUAUUCAGAAGAAAAUUUUAGCUUCCAAUCCAAUCCUUGAGGCUUUUGGCAAUGCUGCAACACUGCGCAAUCACAAUUCCAGCAGAUUUGGAAAGCUAAUUUGCUUGCAGUAUGGUGGAGGACAGAUGUGUGGGGCCAAAAUUGACACCUAUUUAUUGGAGAAAACAAGAGUCACUCACCAGCCACACCAUGAACGUAACUUUCAUAUUUUUUAUCAGAUUGUGUCUGGACUUGAAGCUGGAGUGAUUAAAGAUCUGGAAGUUAAAAAGGAACAGAAGUUUGCUAUAUUGUCAGAACAGGCCACUGCUUCAGAUCUCUCUAACCUUCAUAACACUCUCCAUGCCUUUAAACAGCUACAGUUUUCAACAGACCAUAUGAAGCAAAUAUUUCAAGUUAUAUUGGCCUUGCUGUACUUAGGAAACAUCAAGUUUCAACCAAAGGAAGGAGGAAAUACCAGCUGGAUGAUCAACAAAGAUGACAAAGACAGUGCUGAGGGACUAACAAUUGCUUGUCAGUUAUUAGGGUUAGAUGAAGACCAUGUGACAGGGACCCUUACUGUCCACACCAUCAAUGUCAUUAGUGGUGGCAAAGUCAAUGUAUUCCAUAAACCACUAGAGCGUGAGAGUCAGUGUGCUGAACGGAGAGAUGCUCUCAUGCAACUCUUAUACCAGACACUCUUUCUGCACAUAGUUAACUUCAUCAAUAGCAAAAUUAGUGUUCACAGAAGUAUGUGGUCACAUUUUAUGGGUAUCUUGGAUAUAUAUGGAUUUGAAAGUUUUGAGAAUAACAGUCUAGAGCAGCUGUGCAUCAACUAUGCCAAUGAAAGACUUCAACAAGCAUUCAUACUCAGAUAUCUUGCAACAGAGCAUGAGAUACUAAAAGAGGAGGGAUUUCUUGAGAUAGACAUUCCAUACACAGACAACUCCAACUGUGUUAUGGUUAUUGACUCCCAUGUCUCUGUCUUUGCUAUUCUCAAUGAGGAAUGUCAGCUGAAACGUGAUGUGAAGGAAGAGGAGGCCUGCGUCCGCAUCUGUAAUGCUCUUGAGGACACAGGUGUUGUCAGUGCCCCACCCUAUCACAAACCCAACCCUGGCUUUGUUAUCAAACAUUAUGCUGGCCCAGUACAAUAUGAAGCACACGGUCUCUUGCACAAGAACAAGGAUGACGUCCCACUUGAGGUCUUACAGUUGCUGACUGAUAGUGGCAGUGUCUUCAUGAAAGAAUUGACUUCAUUCUUCGAUAACAAAGACCCUGAGUUUGGCAGGCGAACAACACGCAAAAUCACAACUCUUGCAAAAUUCAAAUUUUCAUUAGAUUCUUUAAUGAAAAUGUUGUCAGCUUGUGAUUUACAUUAUGUGCGAUGCAUAAAGCCCAGUUUGAGAUGCCUGCCAGGGCAAGUGGAUAAGGAGUAUAUGGUGCAGCAGCUGCGAGCAUGUGGCAUCAUUGAGACUGUGUGUAUCAGCCAGGCUGGGUACCCAGUGCGAAUGUCAUACAAUGACUUCAUUAAAAGAUAUGGAAACAGACAAGGAGUUUUGGAAGUGGUUGAUGCAUCCAUGGAGCUGGCCACAUCUGUCUUAGCAGCAAAAGAGGAGGAAAAUAUUGAUCAUCUCUGCAGGUUUGGCCACACUCGAGUGUUUCUCUCAGAAAGUGCUCUUCACACCUUGGAGAUAGUGCGUGAAAGGAAGAGAGCCCAGGCUGCCACCUCCUUACAGAAAUAUUGGAAAAGACAUAAAUGCUGGAAGCAGUUCAGAAAACUGAAGGAGGCAUCUCUUGUGUUGCAAAAAUAUAUACGGAUGUGGUUAGCAAAGGACAGGUACAGGAAAAUGAAGCAAAGUUGUGUGUUGAUCCAGAAAAACAUCAGGAGGUUUAUUGUGCACCAAAAAUAUCAAAGGUUACAUAAGGCAACUGUGAUAAUUCAAAAGUACUUCAGAGGUUCAACAGCAAGAAGAAGAUUUGAAAUGAUAAGGCAGCAGGCAGUAGCAAGGCCUUAUUCUAGCCAGUCAUACAUGUCUAUGAAUAGCUUGGGUUACUGUAGCCUUUCUACAUCAAUAUCAAGUUACGGCAUCCAUCAUUCUCUUGUUGACAUGAAUUGCUUAGAAGCAUCUUUUGGUACUCUAGGAGCUUUGAGUAUAAAUGGAGAUUUGUUCAAUUCUUAUAUAUCCCCUCAGCAUCAUCAGAGAUUACUUGAAACAGAAGAAUCAGGCAUUGAAACAGACACUGAAAGUAUCAAUGGUGACGGUGGUGUCAACAAGCCACGAAAGUUGCGCCGCAGGGCACAGCUGCAAAAACUCCUGCAAAAUAGAAGUAGAGUUCGUCAUGUAGGCAGUGAAGAGUCCUUAGUAGAUACGCCUGAUGUGGCACUUCCCAGUGUUGAAGCAGCUGACAAUGCCUCAUGUCAAAAUCAGGCAGAUUUCAAAGAAAACAUACAAGGAAAUUCUGUAAAUGUUUGUAGUAUUUCUAGAACUCUAGGUACAAGAUAUUCUUCAGAUGAAAGGACUAAAAAAGACAGACCUGUGCCCUGUGAAGAUCGACAAAAGAUGCGUGUUGCAACUUUAAGAAGUGUCCAUGAAGUUUCUGAUAUUCUGAAAACUACUUCCCCAUCUGAAGAUCUUCAGUUAGUUUUACUGAAGCAGAGCAUUUCAGUUUUCUUCAAGAGUGGUGUACUUUCCUACAGACGCAUGCCACUGAUCAGCAUCAAGUUUCACACCCGUCCUACCUGCCUUCCCUUUUCCCAUCACUUGCCCCAUCAGCUGCAGCCACGAGGUCUAUGGGAGGCGCUCCCCUAGACUUCAAAAGAAUACGAGAAUAUUUGCCUUGUGCUGGAAUAUUGAACCUUCUUGAACUGGUUUGUAUGACUUGGAUCAUGUCUCAUGAACCAAUCACUGUCCUCCUUGUUGGUUGUCACUCAAUUUAUUGAUAUUACACCUUGAAAAGAGAAUAUGGCAAUAUGGUAAGGUGAGAUAACAUAUUCCUUAAAAAUUCUGCGUAAUUCAAGACGAUUCCCCAAGGGAUAGUUUUUACUUUUGACAAUAUAUGCAUUAGAAUACCCUAGGAAUAUGGUUGGUUCUAGUAAUAUAUAUUUUUACCAUUAUGAUUUUAUGCUAUGUAAAUUUGAUUAUUUUCUGAAAAUUCUUAAUGAACGAAAUUGCUCAAUUUAUGGUUAGGCAUUCCAUACACUGGUAGAUGAACAAGGUACUUCCUGAUUCCUUCCUUCCCCCCCAUUGGCACAUGCCCUUGACAAGUUGUGAUGUUUAUUGCAGCAAAUGGUGGAAUGAAGCUCUAUAUGAAAAGAAGGAACAAAUUCCUUGCAGCCAUUGUGUGUGUACUUUAUAUGUAUUUAUCGACCGUGUUAGUUCUAAUGGGGAAAAAUGUAUAGAAAAAAAAAAUCCCAUUGGAAACUAAGAUUUUUGGAUAACUCUGAUUGGCCUUCCCUCCAAUAAGUCGAACUCAUACCAGGGUUACGUAUGUAUGUGUGUGUAUGUGUGAUGUAUGUACGUGUCUUACAAGCGAGGUUGAAUGCUAUAUCACAUUCUCCUUUAUUAAUUUUCUUGUGUACGGAUUCUUUUUGCCAUACAAGUUUUUUGUGUUCUUCGGGAAGGCUUCUGAGUAAAUCAGGAAAGGUGCGCGACGUUUUGGAACUAUCUUGUUUCAUCUUCAGGCUUGUUCUGACAGACUGGAAACUGAGCUGCUUAUAUACAAUUUUACUGGAUCAGGAUGGUGGGAAGAGUUACCAUCCUGAUCCAGUAAAAUCAUAUAUAAGCAGCUUAGUUUCCCUGUUCUCAGUCAGAACAAGCCUGAAGAUGGAACAAGAUAAUUCAGAAACGUCGCGCAGCUUUUCUCAUUUACUCAGAAGCUUUCCCGAAGAACACAAAAAACUCUUAUGGCAAAUAGAGAAUCCGUACACAAGAAAAUUAAUAAAAGAGAAUGUGCUAUAGCAUUCAACCUCGUUUGUCUCCACGAGAAUAUUUUACCUGGCUACACAAACAUUAUAUAUAUAUAUAUAUAUAUAUAUAUAUAUAUAUAUAUAUAUAUAUAUAUAUAUAUAUAUAUAUAUAUAUAUAUAUAUAUAUAUAUAUAUAUAUAUAUAUAAAUUGUAGAGGUUGUAGACAUUGCAUAUAGGAAAGCAAAAGAAUGAUUUGAAAUGUUACCAGCAUUGACUAGCGCAUUCAAUGCUAUGUGUAUAACCUAUAUCUUGUGAUUAGAAAUUACUGUAAUUGCAAAACCAUCUAAAAUCUAGUAGCGAGUCUAGAAUUGUAGUGAUACACAUGGAAGAGACUUGUCCAUGUUUCAGUUUCAGAAUUUUGUAUGCUUUUAUAAAAUUUACAUACUUAAGACUUAAGUGAAUAGAUAUAUAUUUGUACUUCUCCAUUUUUAAUAUAGUAUAAAAAAAAAAAAAAAUCUGGUACAAAUUGUCAUAAGUCCUGGGUAUUGGUACUUAGUUGUGGAUUUUCUUCAUGAGGCAGACAUGCAGUAAGUAACAGGACACCUGAUUUGUUAUUACACAUUCCACUCACUGACAUUGACACUGGGAUUACUGCCGAUCACUGUUACGGCAGCUUUGUGCAACCCCCCCCCCCAAACACACACACACCUAUACUACAAUAACAAACAUACCUAAAAGUACUAACACUAUGUUUCCAUUUUGAAUAAACUGUAGCUACUUUUGUAUUAUAGAUGAUUGUGCAAGCUCCCUCUUCUUUUUAGAGGUGAGCUUUUAAGCAGUUACUGUGUGUACUGAGUGAUCAAGGAUUCAAUAUUAAUUAAUGUCAUUUGGUUUAGGAGUACCAGAUUAAAAGACAGAACACAGCAGUGUCUGCUAAUAGGGUUGCUUGUAUCUACUAACUCAAAUAAAUAAGUAUCUGAAUGUAAUUGUGAAUGUUGGACCACUAUUAUUUAUACAUAUAUUUUUACACAAACAUUCCUAAUCAUCAAAGAAAUUCUUAAUGCCAUUUAGAAUGAUUUAAAAUAGAACAUUGAGGAAAAGAUCAAAUCAGUUCAUUCACUAAGAUAUGCCUGCGUCAGACAAUUUCAAAAUUGUGCAUUUUACUUUGGGCUGAGUUCAUUCCUAACUAGUUUUGUUGGUGCCUCUCUAGUACUAAGUAAGCUCCAACAUUGGCCUUGUUAUAGGACUGGAGCGUUGGUUGCAUCAACCAGCUAGAUGAUUGGCUAGUUUGUGCGCUGGGUCACCCAUCUUAAGUCACAAGCGAAGUGUGAAUCCACAUUGUUACUGAUGUUGCCGUCUCCAGAACGUUCACCAUCUACUUGUUUAUCACAAGAGUACUGUGGACAUCGUGUGAACAGCAACAGCAACAGCAGUGGCAAUAUGUGGCACACACCUUUCGUGUGACCCGAGCUUGAGAACUGGAUGACCCAUCAUGUGAACUAACUGGUCAGGUUGAUGCACAAAUACUCAGGCCUCAUAACAUUAAAGCCAACACCAGAACUUACUCAAUUCUCCUGAAAAACUAUCAGGAACAAAUGUGCCCCAUAACACUUCUCUUCUUUGUUUCCAUUUCCAUCAUCAUUAUUCAGACAUGUUGGAGAACAAAAGUUGGAAGCUGAGCUUAUUCCCGUCUUGUUCCACUGAAUUGCUUCAUCAGAGGAAAUGAGUUAACUGCAGUCAUGACCCUUGUUAUAUCAGGUUAGUGAGGAUGUGUGGUGUACUGAUAUGCCACAACACUGAUUGACCGAUAUGCACUGUGUCACCUGCCUCUUAUCUGAGGGAAACAUUGCUGGUGCUGGUGCUGCCCACACAAUAUCCCCUCUUCUCAUAUUGAUGUUCUUGUUGUUUGCAGAGUAGUACUAGAGAUCAUGUACAUUGCAAACAGGAACAUCAACAAAACAGGGAAUCUUGUGUGGGCAACACCAGCAGCAGCAAUGAUUGUUCCCUGGAUGAGAGGCUUGUGACACAUCGCACACCAGCCAAUCAGUGAGUCGUGUGGCACGUCAGCAUGCCACACGUCCUCACCAACCUGAUGUAACAAUGGUCAUGACUGGAGCUAACUCGGUCUCUUUAAAGAAGUAGUUCUGUGGAACAAGACAGGAAUAAAAUAAACUCCCAAUACCUGUGUUUUCUCUCAUCUUCUCCAUCAUUAUUUUUACCACUACUACUACUACUACUUUUUGUGCAUCUUUGAAUUAUAAUCAAGACUUAAACGUAGUUGACGUGUUCAUAGUGUAAGAUUGGUGCUACUUGUGUGAUGUUACUGUUUGUAAUGAAUAAUUGUAAAUAUAAAUGUUUCUGAUGACAGCUCAAAGCAUGGUAGUAUAUAUUUAUGUGCAAGAAACAAGAGAUCUAUAUUUUUUGUUUCCUUAUGUACCCUUGAAAUCAAAUUAAAUUAUAACUUUACAGAAA